GAAUGUGGGGUUGCCUUCCCCAAAGGCCAGGCCCUGGACACCACGCGCAUCGAGUGGAUCCGCAUGGGCACCACUGUGGCCACCAACGCCCUGCUGGAGCGGAAGGGGGAGCGAGUCGCUCUCCUCAUUACCAAGGGCUUUCGGGAUCUGCUCUUCGUUGGGAACCAGGCGCGGCCCCGCAUUUUUGACCUGGAGGUCCAAAUGCCAGAGGUCCUGUACGAGGCCGUGGUGGAAGUGGACGAGCGCUUGGUUCUCCAUCGGGACGACUGCCGGCUCUUUGAUUCCAGGCAGCUCGUGACAGGCUUGACGGGGGAGGUCGUGGUGGUGAAGCAACCUGUGAACCUGGCGGCCCUGCGAGAGGACCUGGAGUGGCUGCUGGCGCGGGGCAUCCGCAGCCUCGCUGUGGUCCUUCUGCACGCCUAUUUGUGGCCAGGCCACGAGCAGCAGGUGGGGGCCCUGGCCCGGGAGCUCGGCUUCCAGCAGGUGUCGCUUUCCUCUGAAGUGAUGCCCAUGGUGCGCCUGGUGCCCCGUGGCUACACAGCCUGCGCAGACGCCUACCUGACCCCGUGCAUCCUCCGCUACCUGGACAGCUUCCGGGCUGGCUUUGCUUCACAGCUGCAGGGCGUGCCGGUCGCGUUCAUGCGUUCCGACGGUGGCCUGACUCCUAUGGAGGCUUUUAGCGGCUCUCGGGCCAUUCUCUCGGGCCCGGCUGGCGGAGUCGUGGGCUACGCGGUCACCAGCUACAACCACGCAGAAGGGCGCCCUGUCAUUGGCUUUGACAUGGGAGGAACGUCCACCGACGUGAGCCGCUACGCCGGGGAGUACGAGCACGUCUUUGAGGCCACCACGGCUGGCAUCAGCCUCCAGGUGCCACAGCUGGACAUCAAUACGGUGGCUGCCGGGGGCGGCUCUCGCCUCUUCUUCAAGUCCGGGCUUUUUGUGGUGGGCCCCGAGUCUGCAGGGGCACAUCCCGGCCCUGCGUGCUACAGGAAGGGGGGGCCGCUGACCGUGACGGAUGCCAACCUGUGCCUGGGCCGCCUCCUGCCCAGCUACUUCCCUUGCAUCUUUGGGCCCGAUGAGAACCUGCCGCUCUCACAAGAGGCCGCUCUGCAGGCCUUUCGGGCACUGACGGCCGAGGUGAACGCCUUUGGGGAGGCCGAGUCUCGCUUCAGCGUCGAGGACGUGGCCAUGGGCUUCAUCCAGGUGGCCAAUGAAGCUAUGUGCAGGCCCAUUCGGGCACUAACGCAGGCCCGGGGCCACGACUCUUCUCACCACAUACUGGCCUGCUUCGGAGGAGCAGGGGGCCAGCAUGCCUGUGCCAUCGCCCGGGCUCUGGGCAUGAGCAAGGUCUUCAUCCACAAGCACAGCGGGGUCCUGUCAGCCUACGGGCUGGCCCUGGCAGAUGUCGUCCACGAGGCUCAAGAGCCAUGCUCGCUGGUCUACGGGCCAGAGGCCUACGCCCAGCUUGACCUGCGAAUUGCUGCCCUGGAGAAGAAGUGUGUGCAAGCACUGGAGGCCCAGGGCUUUGCCAGGUCUCAGAUAACCACAGAGCUCUUCUUGCACCUGCGCUAUGACCGGACGGACUGCGCCCUCAUGUGCUCUGCCAAGGGCUACCCAGCCCACCUUGGCUCCUGUCGCAGUGGAGACUUUGGCGCAGCCUUUGCCAGUAGGUACCUGCGAGAAUUUGGCUUCACCAUCCCCCACCGAGCCAUCCUGGUGGACGAUGUGCGGGUGAGGGGCACAGCCAGCUCUGGGAUGAACCAGGAAGAACCUCAGCCGAUCGGCGAAGGGCCGCCCCCUCUGGAAAUGGUGUCCCGCUGUUACUUUGAGGGCGGCUACCAGGACACCCACGUCUACCUGCUGGAGAACCUCUUCCAUGGCCAUUCCGUUCCUGGCCCCAGCAUCCUGGUUGAUAAGAACAGCACCAUCCUGGUGGAGCCCGGCUGCACAGCGACCGUGACUUCUCUGGGGGAUAUUUGCAUCACCGUGAGGUCCGGGACGUUCCACCCAAUUGGACCGGAGGUUGACCCUGUCCAGCUUUCCAUCUUCUCCCACCGCUUCAUGAGCAUCGCAGAGCAGAUGGGGCGUAUCCUGCAGCGCACGGCCAUCUCCACCAACAUCAAGGAGAGGCUCGACUUUUCCUGCGCCCUCUUUGGGCCUGACGGGGGCCUGGUCUCCAACGCUCCCCAUAUCCCUGUCCAUCUGGGUGCCAUGCAGGAGACGGUGCAAUUCCAGAUCCAAAACCUGGCCUCUGAGCUUCGUGAAGGGGAUGUGAUCCUGAGCAACCACCCGUGUGCAGGGGGCAGCCACCUUCCUGACCUGACAGUCAUCACCCCAGUGUUCUGGAAGAAGGAGGCCAAGCCGGUCUUCUUCGUGGCAAGCCGGGGCCACCAUGCCGACAUUGGAGGGAUCACGCCAGGCUCUAUGCCCCCCCACUCCCACUCCCUUCAGGAGGAGGGGGCCAUCUUCAUCUCCUUCAAGCUGGUGAAAGACGGCAUCUUCCAAGAGGAAGCCCUGACCGAGGCCCUGCUGGCUCCUGGCCGCCUCCCUGGCAGCAGCGGCACACGCAACCUCCAAGAUAACCUGUCUGACCUGCGUGCCCAGGUGGCAGCCAAUCAGAAGGGGAUCCAUUUGGUGAACGAGCUGAUUGGGCAGUAUGGAUUGGGAGUGGUGCAGGCAUACAUGGGCCACAUUCAGGCCAACGCAGAGGUUGCCGUCCGGGCGAUGCUGAGGAACUUUGCUGCACGCCAGGGAUCGCCGGAAUUCCCCCUGCAGGUGGAGGCCAAGGACUUCAUGGAUGACGGCACCCCGAUUUGCCUCAGGGUGACUGUGGAUCCGCAGGAGGGCCGCGCGGUGUUCGACUUCACGGGGACUGGCCACGAGGUGUACGGGAACUGGAACGCCCCCCGAGCCAUCACCCUCUCCGCCCUGAUCUACUGCUUGCGCUGCAUGGUGGGGGAGGACAUCCCCCUCAAUCAGGGCUGCCUGUCCCCCGUGCGCAUUGUUGUCCCCGAGAGAUCCAUCCUUGACCCAUCCCUGGAUGCUGCCGUGGUGGGGGGCAACGUGCUGACCUCCCAGAGGGUCGUGGAUGUCAUCUUCCGAGCGUUUGAAGCCUGUGCUGCCUCUCAGGGCUGCAUGAACAACGUCACGUUUGGGAACGAGCACGUUGGCUACUACGAGACGGUGGCUGGAGGGGCUGGGGCAGGGCCUCACUGGCAUGGCCGCAGUGGGGUGCAAAGCCACAUGACCAACACCCGCAUCACUGAUCCUGAGAUCCUGGAAAAGCGGUAUCCAGUGGUCUUGCAAACUUUCCAGCUGGCACCAAAUACAGGGGGGGCUGGGCAGUUCCGAGGAGGGGACGGGAUCCGGCGAGAGUUCCAGUUCCGUGAGGAGAUGGUCCUGUCUGUGCUGAGCGAGCGACGAGCUUUCCAGCCGUAUGGGCUGCGAGGCGGUGAUCCUGGCUCCCCAGGCCUGAACUUGCUGAUCCAGCGCAAUGGACGGACCAUGAAUCUGGGUGCAAAGAUGUCGGUGAAAGUACACCCUGGGGAUGUCUUCUGCCUGCAGACCCCAGGCGGAGGGGGCUUCGGACAGCGCCCCGAAUCCUCGCACUUGACCAAAGGGUCUCAAGGUUCCUGGGACCGGGUCCAACUCUUCAGGGACUGAAGCAGUUUCUGUCACUACCGCCUGGGAAAGCAGAUGACAGAUGGCCCCCUGCGCCCCAGGCCAGGAGGGGGUUGGGGGGGCAGGGGACGUGCACUGGCUGAGUAGGUGGAUCUCCUUACCAGGAGGAAGAGUUUGUGAGGCUGGGCGGGGAACGAAAGGUACUGGGAGCAAGCUUUGCCUCUUGCCACAAGGGGGCAGCAGAGACCAACGGCUUUCUCCCUUCCUGCGGGGUGAAGCAGAGGCCCCCUCCCUCCCACCCACCCACUUGGGAAGGCAACCCCUAGAUGCUGUUCCCUCCUAGUGGGCCCUGCCCCUGCCCACCCGCCUGCCCCUCUUCUGCCUGCACUCCGCAGCCCAGUGGCCCAGAGAGGCUGCUUGGCUCCUGUUCUCAGCUGGUACAGGCACCACUUGCUGCCCCCCUCCCCCACUAGGGGGGCAGAUAUGUGGCACACAGGCAACGCAAGCAAUGGCUGGCACCGCCAGUCUCUUCCUGGAAGGAAAGGGCUGGGCAAAUGCCCGGCUUGGUUUCACACGAAUAAAGCUAGAAUCUGCUUGGA